AUGAGACGAAUUGAAUACAAAAAGGGGUUUAAAACAGAGACCAAACUCUCGACGAGGACUAUAACGGUGUGCUGUAAAGGCUAUGCAGAGCACACCGAUCGGUGUAUCCCAAUUUGUGCCAACGCUUGCAUUCACGGUCAUUGCAUAGCACCCGAGACGUGCGAGUGUCAGCCCGGAUGGGGCGGAGAGACCUGUAAUAUCUUGAUAAUAACGUGUCCUAAAAAUAAGUGGGGAAACAGUUGUGAGAAUGACUGCAAGUGUGAGCACAACUCUAAGUGCGAUGCCGUGACCGGGGUUUGUACGUGCGCUCCCGGUUGGCAGGGACCCAAUUGCGAUUCACCAUGCUCAACUGGAUUCUAUGGCUAUCAUUGCAUACAAAACUGCCGGUGCGAACACGGUGACUGUGACCACAUUACGGGCGCCUGCAUUUGCAAAGCCGGCUAUAGGGGCCCACUAUGCAAAGAGAAGUGCUCUCCGGGAACGCAUGGCGACCAAUGCACGAGUCAAUGCUUGUGUCAGAAUGACGGACAAUGCGAUCACGUAUCGGGCAGUUGUCAGUGUCCGCCUGGAUGGAUGGGCGAGUUUUGCACAAAUAGUUGCACUUUAGUUGAAAAUAAAUACGGCUACAAAGGGGAGCGUUGCGAAGAAGAGUGUCCGCCCGGCACUUAUGGUCUUAACUGCGAGAAGAAGUGCAAAUGCUUUAACGGCGGUGUUUGCGAUCCCGAAGACGGCCAUUGCGUUUGCAAAGACGGUUGGAUAGGAUUGCAAUGCGAGACCAGGAUGUGUAGCGACGGCUUGUACGGACCCGAGUGCAGACAUAUCUGUCAGUGCCAUCAAAAUAAUAGUCAGUUAUGCCAUCCCUGGACCGGCGAAUGCACGUGUAAACCGAUUAAUCGCUAUAACAAACAUAUUAUCCGUGCGAAGGGUUAUACCGCGGAGUUAUGUCACCGACAGUGCGCUCCGCCUUCAUUUGGCGCCAAUUGUAACGAAGUCUGUGACUGUCAUAACGGAGCGCUCUGUCAUCACAUCACAGGGGAGUGUUUGUGUGACGCCGGAUGGGACGGAGCCAAGUGUGAGAAGCCAUGCAUUACCGGCACGUUUGGGAUUGGAUGCACUCAAAACUGUUCGUGUUUUGGAAACUGUGUCUGUCCGCCCGGUUAUGCUGGCCUCCGAUGCGAGAGGCCGUGUCCGCCCACCAAAUGGGGGCAAAUGUGUCAAAACAACUGUUUGUGUCAGAAUAGCGGCGCCUGCGAUCCCGUCGACGGAGUUUUUGGGAUCGAUUGCAAGAAUCAAUGCAAUUGUAAAGAAUCCAACACUAAGUCUUGCGAUCACGUGACCGGUGAAUGCAUUUGCAAAAUUGGUUUCUCCGGCCCUCGCUGUGAGUUUGAGGGCAACUAUUGUCCAAAAGGCAAGUGGGGCUCAAAUUGUGACAAAGACUGCACGUGCGCUGAGGGCACCGCCUGUGACGCCAAUAACGGCAAUAUUUGUCUUUGCGAAAGAGGUUGGACUGGAGUUAUGUGUACUAAAAAAUGCAUUUCUGGUAAAUUUGGCAAAAAUUGUUCAGAAAGUUGUCCCGUUUGUCACAAUACGGCCCAACCCUGUCAUCAUAUCAAUGGCCACUGUCUUUGUUCGCCCGGAUAUUCUGGUCUUCAUUGCGGAGAAAUCUGUCCGUCGGGACGGUAUGGAGUGGAUUGUGGCCAAGAGUGCGAGUGCUAUAAAAAUGGUGGCGAAUGUAAUCACAUAACAGGCGGAUGCAGUUGUUUACCCGGUUGGAAAGGCAAGACGUGUUCCGAGCAAUGUGAGCCUGGUUAUUUUGGUAUGGAUUGCAAACAGAAAUGCAAUUGCCUUAACGGCGGCACCUGUAGAGCUGUCGAUGGCGUCUGCAUAUGUGCUGACGGUCCCGAAGGGUUUUACGGUAACCACUGUUUGCUUAGCUGUAAAUGCGAAACCAAUCACGUAUGCGAUGCCAUCACUGGUUGUGUUUGCAAAUACGGCUUCACUGGUGAGAAGUGUGACAUCCGUUUGAAGGCAUAUCUACUGCGAAAGGAAGACUCGGAUGAAUCCAAUUCAUCAAACGGCGGACUCAUUGCCGGAAUUGUUAUUUCCAUUGUUUUACUCGUCAGCGCAUUGGCUCUCGUAAUGUAUUACAAACGACGACUAUUGAAACUAAAGCACGAGCUGUACGUGACGUAUACGGCCGGUGCCGAGGAUGGUGUGGAUCAAAGACAUUUCGAUAAUCCUAUAUAUUCGCAGUCAGUGUCGGCGCCCAAUAAUAUGAAGAAUAUUCACAAUAACUUAAAUAAUAACAAAAGUAAUGUCGCGAAAGCGAAACUCUCGUACACCACCGCUCCGGACAGCGCCUGUUGCGCACAGACAGACCUCUGCGGAUCCGUUGCCUCCAAUAUCUACGCAGAAGUGGACGAAAAGUCGACCACAAGAUUAAAGGACAAUAGUUUUAAUCCAAAUAUCUAUCACAGUAUAGAAGAUCUCAAACGAAUGGUUAACAAAAAGGAGCCCUUUUAUGAUGAAGUGAAGCGAAGAAGUACUGAAGUAGGAGAGCCGAGCAGUAGUUCCUACGAUCACUUGCAUUACGACAGACCGCGAAGUGAUAUUCGACCAAAUUAUCAAAGACUCGACACCACAUCACAGCUCACGCCUAAUAUUACACCAAAUAAUUCAUCGGAACCGUCGGCCAGUAGUUCUGAUAAUGAAUUAUUUAAUGAAUGAUCAACUUUUUACUAUCAUUUGUUUUAUCAAUUAAUUUUUUAUCAAUUUAUAUUAAUAUAAUAUUUUAAGAAUUAACAUAUAUUUAACAUUAAUUAUAACGCCCUUUGCAUAGCAUUUGAUUCAUAUAUUUAGUUCAAAUUUCCAAUUAAGUCAAGAUUUAUUUUUUGACUUGUUUUUCGUGU